GGCUACAAAUCAAAGAAAGCUGACACAAAUAAGCCAACCUGUGGUCAAAACAAAAUGGCUCGGGUGGACUCUACGACAAACCUAGUUGGUGGAAUAUUGCUUCGAAAGCCUAUGCUAGUGUUGCUGAUACUGAUAUUAACUUGCUCAAAUCCAGCUAUGGUUCGAGCUGAAAAUGUCUCUUGUCUCGAUGCCGACGGAAAAACAGUGGAUUGGUGGCUUAUAUACAAAUUUCCAAAACUCAGCAACAAAGAGAGUAAAAAUGGGCUUGGAUAUGCCUAUGCAGAUCCGAACAGACAUCUAGAAGUAGCCAAAAAUACGCUUUUGGAGCCUUCCUCCCUCAGCGUUACGCUUGAACAGAUGUACUCGAACACAUGCGCAGGAUAUCUGAUGUGGAAUGACACGCCGUGGGGAAUGCUUCCUUCUAGUUCUAGGGCGCAUUCAAAGGGCGUUAUGAUAUUUGAUCAAAGUCAAGGAUGUUUGAUUCGACACAGCGUUCCUCAAUUCCCAGUUAAACGUGAUCAAUAUAGGCAGUGGUUCUUUUCUAAUCGCAUUUAUGGCCAAACUCUUUUGUGUAUGUCGGUCUCCUUGGACACGCUGGACCAGAUCGCGCUUCAAUACACGAUUUCAAAGCCAUAUGUGUACGACAGCUAUGUUCCACACGAAAUUAGUCUUGUAUACAAGAAUUUGGCGUAUUUGAAAGAUGGAGUGAGAGUGGAUAAGAGGCCAUCCAACGCCAUUAAGUUCGUCACGAUUGGUUCUCAGGGGAUGAUCGACUUUGCCAAGAGCAGAAGGUGUAGUUGUGAUUUGUGGGAAGACGUAAUUUCUUCAGAGCUUAAAGAAGGAAUGAACGUUUUGUCGUGGGGGAGGCCACUUGAAUUGAGUGCAUGUCCCCCUAAAGAAAAAUAUCCAGUACAGAACGUCCGGAGUAUUCGUUGGGGUAAUGGGCUAUUUUAUGCGGAGGAACAAGAGCACAGCAAAUGGGGUUUGACUAUAUCAACAAACAUUUUAUGCAUCGGAGAUAUAAAUAGGAUGGUGAGUCAAAGGAAUCGUGGGGGUGGUGCCACGUGUUUCAGACACGCUUCUCUUGCUGAUGCGUUCAAGAAUCUAAUAGCCAGUAUAGAGGCGUGCAAAAAUACAGAUUGAUUUUUUUUUCGAAUUUGUAUAUGAGGUUGUAGAGAAAAAAGUAUUAUUGUUUAGAAAGGCGCGCGUACCAGAGUGAGGUGUUAGGGCAACGAGGCAGAAUGAAUGAAAAAAAAUUCGACUUAGUGGAAUUUCAGAGUAAUUUGAAGACGAAGGAUAUUGGACAAGUAUUCUACUAUGAGGAGGUGGUGACUUCGACGAUGAUCAUUGCCGAGAAGAUAGCGGAGGAAAAUGCGCCGACUGGUUCCAUUGUGCUGACAGAGAUGCAGACUUGCGGAAGAGGGAGAGGAACAAGGCGUUGGGAAAGCAAGAGGAGUGGUAAUUUGUAUUUCACGCUGGUUUUGAGGUCUAAGCUGGCGGAGGACGUGGCGAAGCUGAACUUUGCGUCGGCGCUGUCGCUGGUACAUGCGCUGGGAGAGUUGGGGUUGGAGACAGGAGUGAAGUGGCCGAAUGACAUAUACAUAAAGGGGAAGAAGACGGCGGGAAUCUUGCUGGAUGCGAAGUCGCAGGAAGGAGGGAUUGUCGUGUUUUUGGGAAUAGGGGUGAACGUGAAUCAGAGGUUGGAGACUUUUGACGAGGAGAUGGUGAAAAGAAGCGCGACGAGCAUUGUGAACGAGCUGGGAUACGAG